AUGGUUGGAAAACUGAAGCAGAACUUACUCUUGGCCUGUCUGGUGAUUAGCUCUGUGACCGUGUUUUACCUGGGCCAGCAUGCCAUGGAAUGCCAUCACCGCAUAGAGGAACGGAGCCCGCCCGUUAAGCCAGAGAGCGUGAAGUCGACUGUGCGGACUGGCCCGGACCUCAAAGCCAACAAGACCUUUGCCUACCACAAAGAUAUGCCUUUAAUAUUUAUCGGCGGUGUGCCUCGGAGUGGAACCACUCUCAUGAGGGCCAUGCUGGACGCACACCCGGACAUCCGCUGCGGAGAGGAAACCAGGGUCAUCCCUCGCAUCCUGGCCCUGAAGCAGAUGUGGUCACGGUCCAGUAAGGAGAAGAUUCGCUUGGAUGAGGCUGGGGUCACCGAUGAAGUGCUGGAUUCCGCCAUGCAAGCCUUCUUACUAGAAAUCAUCGUCAAGCAUGGGGAGCCAGCCCCUUAUCUAUGUAACAAAGAUCCGUUUGCCCUGAAAUCCUUAACAUACCUUGCUAGGUUAUUCCCCAAUGCCAAGUUUCUCCUGAUGGUCCGAGAUGGCCGGGCAUCAGUCCAUUCAAUGAUUUCUCGAAAAGUUACUAUAGCUGGAUUUGACCUGAACAGCUACAGAGACUGUUUGACCAAAUGGAAUCGUGCCAUAGAGACCAUGUAUAACCAGUGCAUGGAGGUUGGUUAUAAAAAAUGCAUGUUGGUUCACUAUGAGCAGCUCGUCCUGCAUCCUGAGCGGUGGAUGAGAACGCUCUUGAAGUUCCUCCAUGUUCCUUGGAACCACUCAGUACUGCACCACGAAGAGAUGAUAGGGAAAGCAGGGGGAGUGUCUCUGUCAAAAGUAGAGCGAUCUACAGACCAAGUCAUCAAGCCCGUCAACGUGGGCGCUCUGUCCAAAUGGGUCGGGAAGAUACCUCCGGAUGUGCUCCAGGACAUGGCCGCGAUUGCGCCCAUGCUCGCCAAACUCGGAUACGACCCAUAUGCCAACCCCCCGAACUACGGGAAGCCCGACCCCAAAAUCCUUGAAAACACUAGAAGGGUCUAUAAAGGAGAAUUUCAGCUCCCUGACUUCCUUAAAGACAAAGCCCAGCAGACUGAGCAAGUGGAGUAGCAGAGCCUGGAACAUCUUUCCCACGCAAGGAAGCCAUCUCAGCGCUUGGAGGCGCAGUGUGCUCAGGGGCCCCGUUCAUCUCCUGGCAGGAAUCCGCCUGGCGCCAGCUUGUUCACACUGCCUGCCAGCGCUGGGUGACACUGUGGACUUCCGUCGUGCCUGGACCAGCAUGGGCUUCCUUUUGCACAGUGCCUGGCGUCCCCAGUUGCCCUGCUUGCAGAUUCGCACGUGUGCACAAAGGCGCAGAUCCAUGCUCUCUGCAUACAUCGGGUGCCUCUCCUCUCUCCUUUUGUCAUUUUGCCUAAUUACUGGAAGAUGGCAGUGGCAGCAGAAAGCUUUAUUUUAUUUUACAUAAUAACCAUGUAAGCCACGCAUAAAUAUGUAUAAUAUUUACAUAUGACAUGACAUAUGUAAUGGAUAAUAUAGAAUGUGUUUACAAUUUCAUUCAGUUCUCAAGGCUUCUGGUAAGUGCUCUUCCUCCUGUUGUACUACACAAGGAAGCUGAAGUUGAGUAAUUGGAACGAGAGAUGUUUGUGACUUGAAUGGAUUGUAAACAUAAGCCCAUGGAGACUUCUUUGUCAUGUCAGAGCAUGGGUGUCCCUGAGCUGAUAACAGGUUUCAGAACCACAGCCGCCUUCUUGGUAAGGAGCACAUGCUGGAUGAGGGGUGCAAACUACAUGGGUAGGGACGGGCAAUGGCAGCUCUUAGACUGGGGUGAUGUUGCCUACAUAAAUGUACAGGAAAUGCGCCACCCACCCCCACACACAUACUGGGACCCACUGAGUGACCAGGUUUCAUGGGACAGAGCGUGCUGCACGCUGGCCGGCAGCAGCCUUCCACCUGGUUCACUUAUGGGGGCCCCUGGGAACCCAAUGCAGGCUCAGGAGAUUGGGAAGCCGGGAAAGCACCUUAGGAGAGAUCCUGUCUUCCGGUCUUUUGUACGCCUUGACAGUUGCACAAUCAUCGCUGUUCUCUAAAGAACCUAAGUAUUUGCUCUUUCCGUGGUUCAGGGCCAGCCUGGCCACCUUUGCACCCUCAGUCCCAGCACCCUUGCCCCUGCCGUGGCUUCCGCUGCAGAUGAAGGUUGGGUCGCUGAGAAACGGGCAGGGCAGCCCUGACUUUGGCCGCUGUGGUGUGUUUUGCGCAGAGAAGUUUCUUGCAGGCGUCCGAGGCCUCCCGUGCAGCCCCUCCUUCUGGGCAGCUGGGCUCCUCCUGGUCGGUCCUCUACCCCUGCUGCCUGGCUGCCAGGCACCAGCUGGGGAGGGGCGCUGGUGGCACAGGGAGAGCGCACAGGGACUCUGCACCCGUAACACUCUUGGUCUGUUUG